GCUGCUUUAUCCUGAAAGAAGCUCGAGGGAAGCUGCAGUUCGUGUGCGUCUGAUCAUCUGCGAUUGACGAGGGAGGGCGAGGCUUGAUGAGCCGGGCGCGCGCUAAUAUAUUAAAAAUUUUACGGUGCGCGCGAGAGAGGCCGGAGCCGAGCUUAGAGAUCCAUCCUGGAGGAUUGGUGGGGGGAGUGUGGAGAGUGCUAUUUUAAAUGCUUUAAUUUGGAUUUUUUUGGGGAAACAGGGUUUGCGAGGAAAAGUCUCUCGCUCUGAGAGCGAGCGGAGGGAGUGUGCUUGUUUGUCAUCUGCAGAAGAGAAGCGGGAUCCUAUCAGAGGCUGUACCCUGGCCGCAGGCGGGAUCGUCUGUGUCUGUGUGUGCGUCUGUCUGUUUGUUUUCUGCAAAAGUGCAAGUCGAUUUCGCGUCGGUCGGUUCGGAGAGAGGGGGGAUUGGCUGCUUUCGAGUCCUGAAGAUCUGCAGGGGCCGUCGCGCGGGUCUUUACGGUCGAGAGAGGGGUCUUGCGUAUGGAGCUUGGGGCGUGAGAGAAGCUGCUGGUGGUAGAGCGAGAGGGCGAGAUAGCGAGAAGAGCGAGAAGAGCGAGUGGGGUACGUGAAUCUGGCAGGUGUUUAGGAUAAUUCAAUCGCUGUAGCUUGCUAGGAAGCACUCAUCACCGCCGCUGCCCCGGGCGAUACUGGUUGCAGGUUCGAAGUAGAUGGAUACUUAUAAGUGACAAGGGAGGAGAUUAGGAAGGAAGAAGCUCGAGGAGCACUGUUGCGACCAGGAGUAGGGGAUUUGUCGACAAGAUAACUCGGAGGUUCUUUACGGCCCGACGCUUCUGGCAUUCUUGGGGCCUCGACUGGCAGACUGGGGCGGCUUCUAGCUGCUCAGAAAGCGCUUGUUCUUCUCUUGAUUUUGACUGAUUGGAGAUGGGCAAGCACAUUCUGUGACACGUGAACUCACAGCCCCGUGAGUUUGCAGGAACCUGCCCAUAGGUGUGCUUCUAGGGUUGACGAAGAAACUUGCCCGAACGAUUUGAGCGAUGGCUGAUUACCAUCAGCAGCAGCCCGGUAGCCCGGAGAGCAGCCCUCACUCUGACAAGGAGUCCGGGGGUGGUCACUUCGGGAGCGGUCAAGAUGCUUCAAUUAAGGAGCAAGACAGGUUUCUCCCCAUCGCAAAUGUAAGUCGGAUCAUGAAGAAAGCGCUUCCGGCGAAUGCGAAAAUCUCGAAGGAUGCCAAAGAAACGGUUCAAGAAUGCGUGUCUGAGUUCAUCAGUUUCAUCACUGGAGAGGCCUCUGACAAGUGCCAGAGGGAGAAACGGAAGACAAUCAAUGGCGACGAUCUUCUGUGGGCAAUGAGCACGCUGGGUUUCGAAGACUACGUCGAACCGUUGAAGGUGUACCUGCACAAGUACCGCGAGACGGAAGGAGAGAAGGCCUCCAUGGCCAAACAGGGUGAUCAGUCGGUAGUGAAGGACGGGAGCAGCGGGAUGAACGGCAACGUGAAUGGCAUGAACGGUGGGAUGAACGGAACGAUGCAAGGUUCGAUGCAGAUGAUGCAAUCCUACCAGCCCCAGCCUGGAAUGAUGUACAGUCAUCAACAGAUGAUGGGGAAUCCAUACCAGAUGUCCAUGCAGAGCCAAGGAGGUCAGUCACGAGGCAUGUGAAACCCAGAUCCAAGGAAUGAAGCUGUGCAUAGACGUUAGGUGCUGGAUUGAUACGAAAAGCUAGAUGAAGGAAGGGGGAGGAAAGGAAGGUAGGCAAUCAGAACUGCAUGUACAUUCUGGAGGUGCACGAACUGCAAUUGAAAGUGCUCUUCGCAGAGAUUAUGUGCAGUUUUGUCUUUCCGCCCUGUGCUGCAGCCGUUAAAGCUAGGAAGGAAGGAAGCAGAUGUUUAGAUGGAGACUAGUCCUCGCAGGAUUGAGGGAAAACCGUUAACCCGUUUGGAACAGACGGGUUGAAUGACUGUAUAAAAGGUUGAAAUUUUGGAGUGAUUUUCUUGACUCUGGAAAUCUCUUUGAAGCACUAUAGCCGUAGUGUGGGCAGCACCUUACAUCCUCUUAGAAGGUUCUUUUAGACAGUAUUUGGUACAGUUUUAGAAGAUUUUUUUGGAAAGGACUAUCCACUGUCAAGACCAUGAGCUCUUUUGGUACAGCGCGCGAAGAAGAUCUGCUUUGUUUUGGUAACGGUUCGGAUGCAGGGCGGCAGGUUCCGAGUGGAUUCAGGAAGUGUAGAUUGGGGGGCCUUGGUAGAGCACUUUGCAUCCAGGACCUUUCUCUUUUUUCUUGGAUGGGAUCUCUGGAUUGAACGGUAGCUCAAUCGGCAAGGUUGUGGCUGUAAUUAGCCUGAUAUCUUCGAACGAUUCUUGUUUCUUGUAAGAAGAAUUUCUUCUUUGUAAGUCUUUUUGUUAUUGAAGCCCCUUGUCUCUUGGAAAU